CCUGUUCUGGAAGAUUUGUCAAUAACGUAAUCUCAACACUAAACAACAACUUUGGUGUUGCGCAACAAUCAGCAUAACAUCACACGCUAGCGACCGUAAAUUUUUUUGAAAGGAGCGCUGCUCCAGGUGGCGGCCAGAUCGGGGUUGUACGAAAAUGGCUGCCAUCGGAAUGGAGGGGGUGCAAGAAGAGGUUUUACAUAACAUUUGUGGGAGUUUGGGGUGUAAUAGUUCGGCAAAAUUACAGUGUCCCACUUGCAUAAAGCUUGGGAUCAAGGGCUCUUACUUCUGCUCACAGGCUUGCUUCAAGGGAAAUUGGGAUGCCCAUAAAAUAGUGCACAAGAGUGUCAAAACAAGUAAAGCCCCUUAUAAUCCAUGGCCAUCUUACACUUUUUCCGGAAAGCUAAGACCGUAUCCACUGUCCCCGAAACGUGAAGUACCGGAUCAUAUCAUGCGCCCUGAUUACGCGGAUCAUCCCGAAGGUUACCCAUUGAGUGAACAAGCCGUGAAAGGUUCCACUCACAUCAAAGUACUGGAUGACGAAGAGAUUGAAGGUGUUCGUUUGGCAUCAAAGCUUGCGAGGGAGGUCCUCGAUGUGGCUUUGGGAGCUGCGGAUAUUGGUGUGACCACCGACGAAAUUGAUCGUCUGGUGCACGAGGCAUCUGUUGAACGUGAAUGCUAUCCAUCACCGCUGAACUACUACAAGUUUCCAAAAUCAUGUUGCACGUCAGUGAACGAAGUGAUAUGUCACGGCAUACCGGACAUGAGACCCCUUGAAGAUGGCGACCUUUUAAAUGUGGACAUAACGGUCUAUCACCGUGGCUUUCAUGGAGACCUGAACGAAACAAUCUUUGUCGGCAACGUUGAUCCACAGGCUCAGAAACUGGUGCAAGUCACCCACGAAUGCUUGUCUAAAGCCAUUGCUGCUGUGAUUCCCGGUAUGCGUUAUCGUGAGAUUGGAGGCAUCAUCCAGAAACAUGCACAGUCCCAUGGCUUCUCUGUCGUCCGUAGCUACUGCGGGCAUGGCAUCCACAGGUUGUUUCACACAGCUCCAAGUGUGCCGCACUAUGCGAAAAACAAAGCCAUUGGAAUCAUGAAGCCUGGACAUUGUUUUACUAUUGAACCAAUGAUCUCAGAAGGAUCUUGGCACGACGACGUAUGGCCUGACAACUGGACUGCAGUUACACGGGACGGACGACGUUCUGCCCAGUUUGAACAAACUCUGCUUGUCACAGAAACUGGCUGUGAUAUUUUAACAAGGAGGCGUGAGAAGAACGGGCAGCCUUGGUUUAUGGACAAGUGACGCGUUUUGAAUUUAGGCUGUGAAGUUCUGAUGAUGACGUUCAAGGUGAUGCCAAUUCCUGAACUAAAUUUGAAGGAAAACAUUGGCAUCUGUGUAUUUACUUAAUGCAGAAAAGCUUAUCGCUGCUAAUUGAAGGUUGGAGUUAAUCAGCAACAAUCGUGUGUUCUGAAUGAGAUUCCUUGUUUCCAGCAUGUAUUCUGAUGCCGAUUUCAGGUCAAUUACGGGUGCCUACAAAAUCUAGAAAAUUUUGAUUAAUGUGCCAUUUAACAUUAAGAAAAAAUAGAUACUAUGAGAGUUGAGUGCUUUAAGUGCUUCUGUAUCAUACAAAUUGUACAGCGUGCCUUUCUGUCCAGGUAGAACACACGCAUGAGGUUUACGUGUUACUACUGCAUAUUAAAGAAGGUAGAUGGUGCGGAGCUUCAUAAACGGGUUGCUACCAUCAUGAUUUAACUUGCCACUGCCAUCAGAAUCUUUGUGGUGACACCAUUAGAAUUUCUGCUUAGAGUUGAAGAGCUGAUUUCCAAACUGAGCUAGGUCAUUUUGUGCCACAGUUUAGGUGGCCAUCAGCCAGUUACAGCGUAAAACACACACAAGCUUUGUGGGCAUCUCAACUUCUCAAACUACUACUUCACAUUCGUCGUAUGAAACAGAGAAUAGGAAUUCAAAAGUGUGGCAGAAAAACGAUCAACACUCAUGAUAUUGUUAGAAAAUACUCUUUAAACACCUCUAACUCUUUUUUUUUCUUUUUUUCUGAACUCUGGGAAAGUAUGGCAUUUUGGAAAUCAACCCUUCGGUUUUACUCGGCACAUGGCUAUGAUUAGGUUAGAUCAUUUCUACCUCUUCCACUCCACGAGCAAAUCUGGUCGCAUCCUUUAAGGAUGGGAAUGUGCCAUUACCAGGGAAAGCAUUCGCACAUUUUGCAACAUAUUUAGCAGAUGUCAAAUUCACAUAGCCGUAGUUCGGUAUUAAUAGCAAAAUAGCAGAUCAGCAGUGAUCACUGUUUGAACAAUUCCUCUGAGAGAUCCCAGAUACUUAUAUGCCUUGUCAGCUGAGAGCAAGUUUGUGCAGGUAAAUAAAAUUCAAAGAUUGCAAAUGUU